AUGGGCAAGUCGCUGGGCAACACUAUUGACCCCGAUGAAAUGGUGACAACCUUCGGAGCGGACGCGGACGGCCACAAGAUGGGCGAGUCGCUGGGCAACACAAUCGACCCUGACAAGCUGGUGACCACCUAUGGCGCGGACGCGGACGGGCACAAGAUGGGCAAAUCCCUAGGGAUCACUAUCGACCCAGAUGAGUUGGUGACUACAUUUGCGCGGACGCGAUGGCAACAGCCGCAGCGUGCUAUGCUACUCGGUGUCGCCUUUGAGGCGAUUCUGGCGCCAGUAGCAUUCCCACCCACCACCACCACCACCACCACCACUACCCCCACUACCACCGCCCGUUAUCACACUCCAAUCCUACGCCCCAACCCCUCUCAUUCCUCCCCACAGAUGGCAACAGCAGCACCAUGCCACGCUUCUCUGGACUUCAGUGGGAUGGCAACAGCAGCAGCGUGCUAUGCUGCUUUGGACUUUAGUGGGGCAUGCGAGAUGGCAACGGCAGCAGCGUGCUAUGCUGCUUUGGACUUCAGUGGCGCAUGUGAGGCGAUUCUGGCGCCGGCAGCAGUGGGGAAUGGGUUUUUGGAGGAAAGAGCACCUUGGAGCAAGUUCAAGAAGGGACCUGGUAGCAGAGUUGGAGACGGACCUGGUAGCAGUGUUGGAGACGGCUCGCUGACCUGGUUGCAAUGUUGGAGACAGCUUGCUCUGUCGCUGUGGCUCGCUCCCAUCACACUCACUCUUCAGUCCAUGCCCUUCUCUGCUCUCCCUGUCCCUUGCCCCUCUCUCUCUACCUCCUUCCACCCAUCCUCCCCUCCUUCCCCAUUAGGACCUGGUGGCAGUCUUGGAGACAGCUCGCUGUGUGGCCGUGGCGCUCUCCCCGAUCAAACCCACUGGACCAUGCCCUUUUCAACUUCCAUUCCAUCUCCCUUACCCCCCACUCUCCCCCCUCCCUUUCUUCCCCAUCAAGACCUGGUGGCAGUGUUGGAGACGGCUCGCUGUCUUCCUAUCCUCAUGAAUUCCACCCCUCCAACCCCCCCUUCCCCCACUUCCCCACCCCCUUCACCACCAUCCUCUUCCCCUGGUGCUCUGCCGGCUGAGACACACUGGGGAGGGCUGAAGGCAGGGCAGGAAACAGCAGAGCCAGCGCCUGUGUUAGCAAGAAUAGAGCAGGAGGAGGGGGCAGAGGCAGGCGCGCAGGCUGGUGGGAAGGGCGCCAAGGGCGGGAAGGGAAAAGGGGAAGGGGAAUGCUGCAGGGGGGAAGAAGCAGCAGGGAAAGAAACGGAAGGAGAAGAGUGCAGAAUUGAGUGA